AUGUCGAGACAGCCCAACUCGCGUCUGCCGCCGAGUCACACCAGCGGUGCCUCCUCACCUUCGUCGUUCCAUCCCCCCGACUCGCCCGGUCGAUAUGGUGACGAACACGCGCCUUCACGACCGGAGCGCUCAACCCGGAGACCACUCGGGAGCACAUCCAGUCCGUCUGGCUUUGCGGCGAUGGGCGAUGGUCGCUUCCCGGACCAAGACAACGCGCGCCGACCAAGUGGGGCGGGUCCCUGCCGUGCCGGACCUUCGGGCCUGAACAACGUGCACGGCGGCUCAUCUGGGGGAGCGCCCUAUGAUAUGAACUCGUCGCAUGUCAUGGUCAGAAGCGGUAGCAAUCAGUCUAAUGGUGGCUACGACCAAGGCGGAUCAGGGAACGGUGCCGUGGCGAACAAGUCGAGUCGGAUGAUGGACCAGCUCCGGAAAGGAUCCCCCUCCUCCCCCGUCAUCAAAUCAUCUUCUUCGCGGCCAAACAGUCAGAAGGAUGGACUGCAUCCAUCUUCAGUCUCCAGCACCCGCGCAACCCCUUCGCCUGCUUUUCGACGCGAUUCGAUGUCCUCCGAUGGCGGGUCUUCGACUUCGUCUCGGUCCCGCUCGCCACGACAGGGCGAUGACGGCGAAGAAGCCGUCGGCGUCAUGGGCGUGACGGAACCGACGAUGGCCUUGACGAGUGCCGUUUCAGCCUUCUCCAGUGCUGGCCAACGUAGAGACGGGCGACGAGGUGGAUUGGCCGAUCAAGGUUUCGAUGCUGCCGAUGCCGACGAAACGGGGGUCAAGGUUCACUCGACCGCACUCGACCCGAACGAGUACCCCGACACCCCUGCAUUCCGGGAAGUCGAGGCCGUACUGCGCAAGGUCGUACAAGAAUGGCCCGUCAUGACUCUCGGCACGAGCCUCGAGGCUGGGGGUCGACAGGCGGGAGAGUUCGACCCUGUUUCGCUCGCGCUCGGCUUGUUGGACCCCUUGAAUCAUGGGACCGACAAUUCGCUGUCAUCGUUCUUGAGGAUGAAGGAUGAUCUCGAUCACGCUAUUAAAGCGACUCUGAGUGACGGCGAUGCAGCUUCGACAUCGAGCUAUCGCGCCUUCGAGACGAGUAUCUCGACCCACAACUCGACACUGCAGAGCUUGACGGCGAACCAGAAGCAGAUCGUUGAUCUGCGCAAAGCGCUCGUUGAUGCGAGAGAGAUGCUCGAGGGAAAAGGGAGGGAAGGUUUGUUUGGGCUUUACAACCGAAUGAGCCAUUUGGAGGAAAUGCUCAAGCUUCUCGACGAAAUGUGAGCUCUGGGCAGAACGGACAUGGCCAGCUCUGCGAGACUGACGCGAAUUUGUCCCGUAUGUUUGCAGUGACCACUUCCGGUCCAUUCCUGAUCGACUCGAGCUCUUAUUGUCCGAAAAACGCUUCCUGUCCGCCGUCGUGCUCCUCGUCCGGUCACUGAAGACGAUCAGCAAACCGGAGAUGAUGGAAAUCGGCGCGCUGACGGAUUUGCGGAGCUGGCUCGUCCUGCAAGAAGGCGUGAUGCUCGAGAUCCUGAUCGAGGAACUUCACAACCAUCUCUACCUUAAAAGCUUCUAUUGCGACGUGCGAUGGAAACCCUACUCGCGGGGACAGACGAGCUUGCCCGUGGUCGAUUUCGGAGAAGACGUCGAAACGGCUGGCGCACCGUCUCAUCUUGAACCCUCGUUCCACUCCUCGGGUCGUUCGACAGCCCGAUUGCCGCGUUUGACCAAACUGCAACGAUAUCUCAAUUACCUCUCUUUACGACCUUCCAUCAAUCCGCUGCUAGACGAACCCAUCGACGAUAUACACGACAGCUUAAGCCCGACCGCAGAUGAUGGGUCCCUCGGCCUCGAUGGUACAGGGAUCCCUCUCGGAGGCGACAAGUUCGAGUCGAGCGGUGACAAGCAACGGCCGACGAAAAACCUUGAACUGGACUCGUUCGCUUACAUUGAGAUGUUGAUGGAGUGUUUGGCAUGUCUAGGCAAGCUUGGCUACGGUCUUGAUGCGAUCUCGCAGCGUGUGCAGGGGGAGAUGUUUCAGCUUGUUGAAACGACCGUGGAGGAGGUCGAUGAGCGCAACGAUUCGACCAAGCAGGCGUCAAUGAUCGCUGGUGUCAAUCGACCCCAAUCGCUGUUCUUUCCGACCUCCGCCUCAACUGGCAUGAACCUCCAGGAGCAGCGAGGGCCAUUGGCUUCCUUGUCGUCGCUAUCGCUACCUAACGGAGUAAGAAACCGAACGAGCCUGUUGCGGUUGACCGCAAGCGAGACCACGGCUCUCGAAUCCAACGUCGAAACGCUUAAGGAUUUCUUCUGGACCUUGUACUCGAAACUCGAUGCGGUGCUGCAAGGGUUUCGCGUCGCGUACGAGGUCUCGUUACGCAUCACGGAGCGAAGGGAUUUCAAGGACUCGGCCGUCGUCAAAUCGUCGUCGGGGAAUUUGCUCUUCUCGUUGAUGGACAUCUGGAAACCUGUACAGCAGGAAGUGCGGUCGCUGCUGCAUGAUUACCUGACGGACGAUCAGUCGGGGACGGUGUCGUCGCGCAAUCCUAUCGUUUCGGUGAACGAGGUGUUACGCCUUGCUCGGCCGAGAGAUCAUCACAAGGUUAAUGCACAUCCGUAGGCCAGACACCUCUUUCGAUAGACACAGCUGACAAGUGCUUGGAUUGGUAUCAUUGUCCCACAGCAAAUCUUCAAAUUUGCCGACUCGGAUCUCAAAGCCUCGUCCAAAGCCUUAAAAAUCCACGAGGAAGAGCUCAACCGCACGCUCAAGCUCGUACUUCCGGGACUGAUGACCGACGGUGCCAAUUUUUUCCCAUCCUCGGGGAUAACACUGGGGAGCGAUGACCGGUACGGGGCUGGUGGUGCUCGUUCUGGGCUGGCCGGAACGCACAAAGCCCUCGUCUCGGCGGAUGCGUUCAACGUCUCAGUCCUCUUUGGGCCCACGCUUUCCUUUCUCUCACGAGUGCGCGAGGUCAUGCCCGGAGGUCUCGUUGCCGACCACGAUGGCGCGGGUGGGUUCGGAGGCUUCCUCGACGACUUCGUCGUGCGCACUUUUUUGCCGCAGCUCGAAGAAAAGGUUACCCACGUCUUCCACCAGGCCGUCGGCGGGCUCGAUGCGUUCCAAGAAGAUCCGAACUACAAGAAGGUCUCACGCGUCCCCAUCGUCAAAUCGGUCUCGAACCUCAUGAUGCUCAUCACGUCGUUGACAUCCAUGCUUCAAGCGACGCCUUUCCAUCGCGAGUCGUAUUCGCACCUCAUCAUCAGCGUCAUUCAUCAAUUCUAUCAACGCUGCAACGAGAGGUUCAAGGACCUCACGGCUCGCGAGAACCAUGAAUCGGCAGCUGGUUCGAACUCCAAGGCUAUGCAGCUCAAGACGUCGGCGAAUUGGGCAUCGUUGACUGAGCUGAAUGCAACUCUUGCCGAUCUUCAUGCUGCGAUGCCGGACAACACAGAAGCUGUCAGCGCGGCACUGAGGCGCGAGACUAAGAUCGAGUUGGACAAGAAGCGUAACAGCCUCGUCAACUCGGAGGAUCUGAUCACACCGUCGAAGAAGCUGAUGGCAUUGGGGACACUCUACUCGAGUCUGGUGAGUAUCGCUGGUGUGAAGAUGUCUUUCAGCUUUCUGAUCAUCCUGUUGACACUUCUGAUGCCGAGCUAUUCAUAGGACUGUUUCAUCGCUCACAUCUCAGCCCUUAAGCACGUGGCCGACAGACCAAACGGGAGCACCCUCGGCGAUGAUGCGUCCCCGUCUUCACCUGCUCUCGACCAGUCCGACGAUGGACACUCUCCUACUCGACCGUUUUCGUUACCUCUGACGAAUGAGAUGUCAAAGUGGGUCGCUCUUCUGGUGGUUUUCGCAUAGCAGCAGAAGUUACUGACAUCUUGAAUUUCCGAUUCCUUCAGACCUUUCGACUCACUGCUCAAUUCCUACCGCCAGCUCACGAAUCUGGUUCUCUUCACCCUACGACUUGAGAUUCGCCUUAGGACGAUCCAUUACCUGGACAAGGCGACAAGGGAUGGCGUGUACCAGCUCGCAGAGGACAUUGCUGAGCCCGAUCCGAGCGUGGUCGAUUUGAACUCGGAUCUGGCCGAGUGUGACGAGUGUGCAGCAACCACACUAGCAGAGCCAGAACGAAAGUGAGUCGACUCUGACGACGGAAAAGCGUGCGUUUCGACUGACCGAAACGUCCUCCUUGUCCUAGGUUCAUCUUCGAGGGCCUCUCGCUGCUCAUGGACCAACUGCUCAUCUCGAACGCGCGUCACAUCCGUCUAGCGAACCAGUUCGGUCUCAAAAAAAUGCUUCGCAACAUCCUCGCCCUACAACAGAACCUCAAGAACCUCGGCGACGCUCCGCUACAGGUCAACUUUGAUCGUUCACGGAAGUUUUGGGACGUGUUCGGUCGAGGACCCAAGGAGAUGCUGGAUGCGAUUCGGGAGGGUACAAUCAAGUACGACUUUGAGGAUUACAAGGCUUUGUUGAACUUGAUGUGCGGUGUCGAUCAAUCGUCCAAGGAUGGGACGACGAUGAGAUUGGUGGGAGGUGCUGGGGCAGGGUCAGGCACGGGACCGGAUGGAGCACCGCUGAGUGCGGGUGGGGGGGACCGGUCAAGGCGGAUGUACAACGAGUAUUUGAUCGAUUUAUUCGCCUUGGACGUCGGGGAGUGA